AUGAUUGCGGCACAUUUCAUUGACGAUCAUAUGAUGCCUCAGUCUGUGGUCCUUGGCGUGACGCUAAUUCCUGACAUGGCGACAUCAGAUGACCUGAAUGUUUUGCUUUCAAAGGUUAUGAAUGACUAUGACAUUGAAGAAGAGAAGCUUCACAUUGUUGCAAACAACUCGCCCUUAGAGAAUGCCUUCACCAUAGCAAAUAUCAAAAUUCUAAAUGGAUUUUCUGAAAAAUUAGAGGAGGCUCUUGAUUACGGUAUGGGUAUGCUUCUGCUUCUCAAUAGAAACCUAAUCAACCGUUUAAACAACAUCCAACACAACUUGCGCAAGCAUGAUUUGACGAAAAAUUCGCAUCCUUGUAGCAGAUUAAGGUCAAAACCCUACGGUAAGCUUACAGAGGUAAGGUGAUU